UUCUAAUCCUGCUGGCAGGGAAGACGCUCUGUUUCUCACAGCUUUUGCGCUCAGUCGUCGAGGAGAUCGUUGUCACUGGGGCGUUUCGAAUAUUCAGGAGCUUGGUGCUCGUCGAGGGAGUCAUUGCGGUUGGCAACUUUGUAGUUUCCAUGUUUUUCCACCGGACGGCGAAAUCGUAGAACGAUACCAGUAAAUUCUGCUUCAUCUUGUUAAGGACGAACCCGUCAUGGAUCGAUUUGUGCCAAGCUUAUUAGCGGUUCUUUGUCUGAUCGUCUCUCUUCAGUGCUCAACGGCCCGCCGCCGAGGACCCUACCAAGAAACAACAAAUUGUGGAUUCCAGAGAGCAGACCUGGCUCCUGAGUUAAUGAUCACCGGAGGCCGCAUAGCCCAAGCGGGAGAAUGGCCGUGGCAGGUGGCUUUGCUGUACGAAGAUUCCUUUCUCUGCGGCGGACAACUUAUCGUAGAGGACUGGGUCUUGACUGCAUCGCAUUGCAUCACCCACUUGAACAACCCAAUGGGACACAGUAUCAUGAUGGGUAGCAUCCACCUCAACAACUUCACCGAUGGGAGAUACACGCAGGUCAAGGAUGUCCUUGAAAUCUUUCCUCAUCCGAACUACUCUACGCUCAUCAGCGACUUUGAUCUCGCCCUCCUGCACCUAGCGGAACCUUUCGAGCUGACAGACUAUGUCCAGACCAUCUGCCUUGCCAAGGAAGGCAUGGAAGAGAUCUAUGAACCUGGUACAGCCAUGUGGGUGUCCGGAUGGGGCGCCAAACAAGAUAUGGGUGGACUUCCUAAAACCUUGCAUGAAGUGGAGAUUCCUAUGGUAGACCAUGAGCAAUGUCGGGUCAUGUACAUAGGUGAAGAUAAUAUCACACCCAACAUGAUCUGUGCUGCACCUGUAGAAGGAGGGAAAGGACCAUGUGGUGGGGACAGUGGAGGACCUCUUGUGUUAAAGAGAGGUGAUCAAUGGUGGCUAGCCGGGACUGUACUGGGUGGUAAUGGAUGCGGCAGCCCAGACUUUCCAAACGUUUUCCAGAACGUCAUCGCUUACCAGGAAUGGAUUGAACCGAUUUUCAGUAACCGUCUCCCCGAAGCCCAAACAACACGUUGCCGGGAUGAUCAGUUUAGCUGCAAGGAGGGUUGGUGCAUUGAUUACUGGAGACGAUGUAACGUGCGUGAAGACUGUAUGCUCUCCACCGAUGAACUCUACUGUGAGGAAGAACUGAAGCUGUUUGACAUGCAUUUUCUCCGUCGGCUGAGCUACAAGAGCAUCAUAAGGAAUUUUACAGUGGAAAAUUCUCUCGAGUGCGCCAAGGCAUGCGUCAGGACGAGAAAGCCGAUGAAAUGUGGAGCUUUCGACACGGUUGUUGGGCUGAACGACACUCGGAAUUGCUCGCUGGGUGUUGAAGCAUACUCUAUCAAGGAAUUAACUCAUGAAGAAGCCGAGGAGGCCGGGGUAUCCCACUUCACCUACAGAUUCUACCCAGAAGUCGGAGAGGACGAGAUAACAUAUCACAUCGGGAUGCUCAUUUCACCGAGCACCACUCGCAACUCCGACCAAGUCAAAUUCGUCUGGAACCUCAACCUGGAUGCCCCCGACUCCAACACCAUCGUCUUUACCGUCAUGAGUGUGAAGUCGUGGACAGAAGACUGCAGUAAACUUGGAAAGAGGGGCAUGCUGAUUGUAAAACCAGCAAAAAGUAGGAAGCGAAAGAAGAACAGGGAAAGGGCUGCUGAGGAACCCGACAGCAUUAACACAUGUCUGUCAGAGCUCACGAAAGGCGACAAGUUGCGAUUCCAUAGUCUUAAGGCUAAAGUGGUCUUCUACACUACCCAUCUUCGUAAAUAUGCGCUCACUCUCGAGUAUGAACCAGAAUACAACUGCACUAAGACGAUAAUGUCCCCAGGUACCCUAAAGUCCCCGAAGUACCCCGGUAAAUACCCACCUUCUCUUGAGUGCAGGUGGCACUACAAGGCGUUGCCCGGAAACGUCAUCAAUGUUCAGAUGCGCGAUUUCAUGGUCGAGAAGGUACCCGAUUGCGAGUUUGACUACGUACAGAUAUUUGAUGGGAAUACGACGGAGGCUACUCAGUUGACCGAGAAACGAUGUGGCUUUGAAUGGACAGACAUUAUCACGUCAACCAGUAAUCAAAUCCUCGUAGUUUUCGUCUCAGAUUCUGAGGUCAUGAAGACGGGCUUCAAUGCUCUAGUCACAUUCGAACGAAGCACCGGCUCAAGACGGAGAGGCCAGCGACUGACUGCAGGCGACACGGGCGACUCUGUGAAGGACUCGAACUUCGUGUUUUAUAGCCUUUGGGGGACAGCCGCUUUUGCUUUCGUUGUAAUCACUAUAUUGGGCAUUGUAUGCUACAUGUUGAAGAAACGCCUGAAUGCAGCAAACGCCCUGGUUAGUACCUUCAAGAGGAACAACAUCGUCUUCGAUUCUCACUGAAAGCGUGAAGUCACAGGCUUAUACUCUUGAAGGUGGACUAGUUUAAAACUUUGUUUAACUUGGUCCACUUGAUGUAUGGAGCGCCAAGUGUAAAGAUCUUUAUUCUAUACAAUUACUGUUGUCGUAUUUUACCAAAAUAAACGAAAAAUAUUCUGUCAUAAAAUAAAAAUUAUACCGGUAAAUUAAUUUCAUAUUGAAAUGAAUUUUGUUUCUUCAUCUAGUUACAGAACUAUUGUAUUUUUUUAAAAUUAGGGAAUAGGGAGUUUUACACUUAGCGCUCCAUAAAUCAGUAUACUAAGUCUACACCCUUAAACCUGGAACUGACUUUAGUACGCCUAUAAUCGGUAGCUCGCGAAGUGAAUGGCUAAAAUCUGCCGCUGUCAAUAAAUUGUUUAAGUAAAUCAGAAUAUUGUUUCUAUAAUCCAAGUUUACCUUCAAUUAUGUGUUAUAGUUUGCACAAAGAGUGCAUACGUUACAUUUUGGUCCUGAUAACAAUUUAUGAGAGUUUCUCGAAUGGUAAGAAUUAUUUGAAUUUGUAUUGUAGAAAUGUUUGAAUUUCAAAUGUCACGAAUUCAAAUAAUUCCUGCCAACCUACAGACCCUCAAGAAUGUCAUCCUCAUCGUUCAUGGUUAUUCUAUAUGUCAUUUAACUUGCCUACGGCAAAGGAUGUGAUUUUGAUGUUGAUACUUGUACGCACAAGAAUUUUAUUUGCCGUUUCGAAAUAGUUACGUUAAAAGAUAGUGUAAUAAAAAUGAAAAUUGGAUGUAGAAAUUAUAAUGAAAAGAGAAAUGUUUCUAUAGCAAAGGACAACUAUUAGACCUAUUACCCUACAGUAAUAUUUUCAAAAUUUCCAUUAACCACCCCCCCCCCCCAUUCUCCCCCGGAAUUACUGAUAUUUAGCAAAUUAGUUAACAUUUUGUGUCGCCCAAACUGUGGAUUGUUGUGUUAAAGUACGAGAUCCGAAUAUUUUGUAUAUAACAUUUUCAUAUUUUGUACAUUUUGUAUAUUAUUCACAAUAUCCCCAUUUAAAACAUUUUUCUGUGAAGUAAAACAUCAAAAAGAAUUUUGCGAACAUUAAAAAUCCUACUUUUUUAUGAAUUUCUGCGGGAAUACACAUUUCAAUGCCUUUGAUGUUAAGGCAAACAGCUAUGAAAAUGCAUUUACUCUGCAUUUCCUAUUCUUGCAUAUAUAUUCUUACUACUAUUUAUGCUAGCAGUAGCAUGUAUAAGAUCAGUAAAUGUAAUAUUAUAUCAGAGCUGAAAAUGCCAAUAUAUUUGUUACUCAAUAAUUACCCUUUUUGAAGUGCAUGUUCCUAGACAAGUUUAUUUCAUAUUACUUAAAUCGCAUAUCAUUUGCAGCUUUAAGAUCCUCAAAAGAACAUCAGGCUCGCUAAUAUGUUUUUUUUUUAAUCUAUCCUUUUCAUCGGUAAGGCCUACCUUUGAAUUGCUAAAUAAACUUGUAUAAAUGUUUGGUUUCGGUGUUAUAACAGCAUGUGUGUUACCACGCCACGGUAUCCAUUUCAAAAUUGGUUCAGCUCAAACACGUCUAUGCACUUUUUGAUAUUUUAUCCUUUGUAAUUAAGAUGUUCAUGAAAUGUAGAAAUUAAAGUUCUUACACAGGUUAUAUCUGUA